AUGAUCUACCUUGCUUCUUUUACCGAUGUUCAGACUCUCAACAAUGAGAAACUGAGUGCAGUUGGUCUUCUUCGGGCUCUGCCGCUUCCUCUACCUCCUUUUUCUCCUCUGUGUACUUCUCUCACCCUCAUUCUUCUACUGACUCCUUCCAUUUUGGUUGAAGGCAGCGUUGAAGAAGAUGCAGCAGUAUGCAGGUACAGUGUGACAUCUCAUCUGUUAACUCAUAUAGGGGAGAACCGGGCAAAAGUAAUGCAGGACGAAAUUGUGAUUCUCUGAUCUCUCUCAGUGGAUGUGACUCUGGAUCCUGAUACAGCAAAUCCAUAUCUCACCCUGUCUGAUGAUAAGAAACAAGUUAGACAAGGAGACAUAAACACAAAACUCCCAGACAACCCAAAGAGGUUUGACAGGUAUAUUAUUGUCCUGGGAAAGCAGGGAUUCUCAUCUAGGAGAUUUUAUUAUGAGGUUCAGGUAAAGGGAAAGACUGCCUGGGUUUUAGGUGUGGUCAGAGAAUCUGUUAAUAGAAAGGAAGAGACCACACUGACACCAGUAAAUGGAUUCUGGACUGUGGCUCUGAGGAAUGAAAAUGAAUAUUACGCUAAUGCUGGUCCCUCUGUCUCUCUGUCACUGAAAGUGAGUCCACAGAAGGUUGGUGUGUUUGUGGAUUAUGAGGAGGGUUUGGUCUCCUUUUAUGAAGUGGAGUCCAGAUCUCAUAUCUACUCUUUCACUGAUCAAUCUUUCAAUGAGAAACUCUAUCCACAUUUUAACCCAUCCGUAAACUAUAAUGGCAAAAACUCUGAGCCAUUGAUCAUCACACCUGUCAAUUAA